AUGGAAUACAAAAGUCUUUUUGCCAGUGGUGGUGCGUAUAGCAGCACUAAAGGUGGAUCACAGGAAAAAUCAGAACAGAAAUUUAUGUCAACUUCAGUUCAAGCACUAGGGGGAAGUCAAAGAAUUGCUGCAGCAGUGACAGACCUAUACGCACCAACGUUUAAAAAUACACUUGUCGUAAGUUCUUUAUUACCUUAUUUAUUCAUGUAAUAUUAUUAUACAAUUACUUUAUGGUUUCCGUGUUUGGAUGGCCUGAUCCAAACACGCGGGGAUGUUGCGAGAUUACGAGCCGAAGGCGGGUAAUUUCGCCCGCUUUUCUUAACUCGAGCCACAUUCCCAAGUGUUUGGAUCAGGCAAUCCAAACACAGAAACCAUAAAGUAAUUGUUUUAUAAAUUAACAACAACACGAUAGUCUUCCGCGUGUUUGGAUGGCCUGAUCCAAACACGGGUUUCGACCAAUCAGAACACGCGUUAUGCGUUAUAUACAUGUUAUUUUAUAAUAUAAUUUAAAGAUCGUAUGUGGUCCAAAAAAAGCAAUUUCCGGAUGCUAUUUCUUUCUACAAUAUUCGGGACAGUAGGCCUACAUAUACGAAAUAUGUAAACUUCGCAAAGCUAUAAUCUCCGUAUUAUACAAUAUUUUGUAACCAAAUGUUGCAAUUUUACUAAUAUUAGCAAGUUCUUUACGAGAAAUUACUUUUUUGUGGUUAAAUAAAAAAUCAGUCUAACAUGCUAGUUAUAUAUUAAAUCUUGCAUUCUUCCAAAAUAAUUAAAUCAAAGUUAUAAAGGUAGGCUAUUAGUAAAACCAGGAACACCGGACAACGGAACACCGGAAUACGGAACACCGGAACAGCAUCAGUCCGGAACACUGAACACCGGAACACUAAAAAUUCUUAAUUUGUUAAAGAUUCGGAAAAAAUUUACUGGAGGAAUGAAAUUAUUGCGUAAAACAUGCGUAAAACAUGCUUUUUAAAGGGGUCUACAGUCAUUUUUAGUCGAAAAGCCACCUUAAAUUGGGGACUCCACGGAGAUUCUUUUGGCUGUAUCUUACAUACAGUAUCCAUGAGUAUAAGUACUUCGGCACACCGGAAGACACAUGCAAUACUUAAGAGGACCUCUCAGUAAAAUCCAUCCACUGGUUUGGGGAAGGAAAAAUAGAUUUAGCUCAUAUUUGGCAUAUGAACUAGACUUUGGUCAAUUUUAAUCGAGCUUCUUUAAGAUGCUUCAACUUUCUGUUUUAUAGGAGUUAUAGCCCAUGUUGAAAUCUGACCUUGCGAGAAUAUUUUCAGACCGGAAAUGAAGGAAAUUUCACAAUAAUUCAACUGAUUUUUUAAAAACUUUAUAAUGUGUUAUCUCCUCCAGUUACUGUUCACAUGCAAGAUUAGCACUAAUACUCUCGUUUUCAUGGAGAUUGAACAACUUUAUUUGCUUAAUACGAUUUUUUAACAGUUUUACGAAACUAUGUUUUCAAGAUGGCGACGAGAGGCUGAAAAUUGCUCAUAUUUUACUUAAAAUAUCUCAAAAUUGGCACCUAUCUGAAGUGUAAAAGGCAUGUAAUUUGAAAGUAUACCUACUAAAGUUAAGUAAUUAGGAAUAAAACUCGUCUGCAAGCAAUUUUCUGAAAAGUUAUAAAUCUCCAAAUUGGGUCUAUUUUUAGCUGUUUGUUUGUUAAUUAAAAAGUUAAAUAAGCUGGUUUAUUAUCCUGGUUCUACUUCACAACAUAGAAACAUUCAAAAUACAAUAUUAACCAUUCUUGGCUUAUUCGCAUGAAUAAUUUCACAACUGCUAUAGAUCUUUUUAAAGUAUAAACGGGCAGUACUUUCUGUGGUUGUAGCAAAUUUCAAAUCAGUAUCUCUGGCUGUAUAUAAAAAGUGUUCGGUGCUUUAACUUUUCUAUUCAACUCUUCUCGUAAUUUUUUUCUGUCCCUGUAAAUGGAAAUUUUGCCGGAAAGGUCGGACAUUAAUUCUUGCUGCAUGGAUGCAACAUAUUUUUGUACAUAAUUGCAUUCAAAAUACUACAACCUUCCCACUUCCACUUUUCUAGUCUGUUGUCAUUUACUAUUUUGUUUUGUAUUUAAUAUUGUAGCGGUUGCCGAAUUAUGGAGAAAUAUGGCGAUAAAAUUUAGUUUCUUUGAUUUUUGUAAUAAUUUGAAUAAUUGAAAUAAAGGAUGCAUUUUUCGUUUGAUUCACUGCAUAUGAACACAUAAAGGUUUCGAAAUUUAACUUAUGUCGUCGUAUUUCCCUAUAAUUGUUAACCGCUACAAUAACAGAAAUUCACUAAGAGACAACAAACCUGAAAAGCGGAAGUGGGAAAGUUCUAGUAUUUUGACUUUGAAAUCUACAUUCUCACUAGUAGAACUGCAUCACUAGCUUGCUAGUUAUUUUUGAUAGCAGCUCCUAUUUUUACUUUGUGCAUGCUUGAGUCAUGGAAAAGAACUGUUCUUUUGCUGGCCUGGGAAAUUUUGCAUGUGGAGAAAGGCGGGGAAUACAGAAAGUUGUACAAAAUGAUUAGUGUAAUGAAUACAUUUGUAAUCACCUCAGAAGUUGUCACCUCACGAGGCUUACCAUCAACGAGAGUGAACUUAUACUUGCCAGAGCGGGGCACUUUAAUCCUACCCAGGAACAGCUGGCAAACAUGACUAUCCAGUCUGUUAUUAGAUCAGUUUCAUUUUCAAUUGGGUCUAUCCUGUCAAUAUGAGAUCAGUGGAUAGACUCCAUAAAAAAUGAAGCCAAUAGACAAAUUUGGCUACCGUUGUUUAUAUCGUUGCUACCCAAUGCACAGCUUUGGAUAACUCACAUGCUUAGUUAUGAUUGUUGUAGUUUACAGAAGCAUAGACUGAAUAGAACAAAAGUAACUAAACAUUAAACUUAUGUAUUAUCACUUAUUUUCUGAGACCGAGGGAAACAGUGUGUUUUGUGGACCCGAGACCGCCCCUCGACUGCAACUACAGCAGUCGAGGGGCAACAAAACACACUGUUUCCCCUCGUUCUCAGUAAAUAAGUGUUUUGUUAUAUAGUAUAUAAGUGUCAAAGUAUGAAUAAUUCACCGGUUAUUGGAGUGAACUUAAUUUGAAACCAAAACUGGAUAAAUGGAACGCCGUAUAAAUGGAAUGCGUAUUGCACCCAUUUUAUAAUUGACUGGUCAAUAAAUGUUUCAUUGCGGACCGGUUGCCGAACACAGGCAACAGAUACCCUGACUAUGACUACUAAUCAGUCAUAUAAUAUAUUAAUCAAAGUAAGGAGCGCUACAUGGAAUUUACCAACUCUCUUGAAAGUCACCUCAGCGUUUAAUUAACAAUGAAUCUUGAAAAAGACUGUGUAUUUGGUAUACCCAAUUAAUGGGUGCGAUAAAUUAUAAUUAACAAUUAUUUGCCGAAGGCGAAGUGAUUACCAGUAUAUCUAGUAUAGGAUACAAAGGAAAAUGGUUUUACAAGAACAUCACAGCAAGGUUUUCCAACAGUCGGGAUAAAUUUUGCUAUUUGCUUGAAAUGAAUAUGUCGGAGUUUUAUUAAUAAGUUUUAAAUUGUCCGUGAAUUUGUUUGACACAGUAAAAUAAUGAGGAAUCCUACCUUUCAAGUUAAAUACAACAUUUUGUGCAUCUUCCGUUUUCUGAGGGCGAUUUUUUCAAUAUUUUGUCCAUUUUAAAACCAAAUUUACCAAAUCAUUCUUUUUGAAAAGCAUUAUUUACUAAUCUGCUAGUAACUAAUGCCUCAGAUUUACUAGUCAACUAGCCAAUCAGAACGCGCGAAAGUUCAUUUAUAUGCAAAAUUUAUACUAACGUGCGUUAUACAUUCUAUCAGGUUUAUCGCGGCAGCUGCUAAAGGAAAAGAGCUGCCUUUAUCUUCUUUCUAUGAUAUUUUUCAGGAAUGGCUUGAUAGUAUUGACAGCUACCCGAAAGCAUUUAAGUUUCUGAUGGGAUCAAUCACAGACCUAGUUGACUUCCGCGCGGCUGAUUUAUUUCCUGAUGAUGCUAUCGACUGGGGAUGUGAGAAAAAUUUCCAAAAUCUUGUAAAGGAAGAGAGCACAGGAAAACAUUACUACCACAGAACAGUUACUGGUGGAGUAAAUAAAACUUACUGCGACUUUGCAAGCAGAAAUGAGCUGGAAAUUAAACUAAAGCAACGUAGAGCGAGUUUGAAAGCUGCAAUAGAAGCAUACAUGGAGGAGGUAUGAAGCAACCAAAAAUGUGGAGUAAAAUGCGUGCAUGAAUUUUCACAUUGUCUUACGUGUACCAAAACUCCAUAGGCAGCCCCAAAAUACGUGUUAAAUUUUAUACGCUCGUGCGUGGCGCUCGGGCAUGCACCGACUCUACUCAGUUUGUAAUUAUUAUGUCAUAGUAGUAAACUGAGCAGACUCAAUGCAUGCCAAAGCGCCACGCGCGGGGGUAAAAUAUUUAACACGUAUAUGUGGGCAGGCUAUGAUGACUCUUGAAAUUUGAAGUAUGUAUCAGUUCAUGGCAACCAGUUAAAUGUCAAACAUGUAUUCGCUAUCAAUCAUACUAAUAAAUUCAGUUCCUGAAAAAAUUGCAUUAACUCAUGGAUUGUUUUCACAAACGAGCGUUUCGCACUUUUAUUAGGGAUAAUUUUAAGUCGUCAACAGGCUACUUACUAAGCUUUUCGUACGUUUGCAUGGCGAUAAAACAUAUCAUAGUUUUGUUUGUGGAAACACCACGUAAAUUUAUUAUUGCAAAGCUUUCGAUCCGUAAGACCGAAUCUUCAUCAGUGCUAAUAAUAUGUAACUUGUUCAACUCACGCGCCCUUUUUAUUUACAAAAGUGUCGUGAUUUGUUGGCUCCCGUCAUUUGAAAUUUAAUUAAAUGGCACAUCAACCACGAACGGCACAUCAACCAUCAAUCUUCCUUGUUACAUUUUCAAUUAUCCAUUCGUAGCGCAACAUAUACCCACGAAAUAAUUACGUUUUGCAAUCGUUUAGCAUGAUGUAUUUCUGUCACACAUUGUCAUUAAAAUUAUAUAUUAGGCUAAUAUCGCCUUUAGGUUUUAGUCAAACCAUUAGUGCAACAAACAUGUUCCUCAUUGUUUUUACUUUCAUUACAAGGGACCAAUUUCAGCAACAGAUGUAAAUCUCCAAGCAGGGGAUGGAGGAUGUGAGACUCAGGACCUGGAAGGUUCACUUGCCAUUCCAAGAUGGAACGAUAUAUUUAAAGAAGAAGUAUUUCAUGUUAUUUUUGACAUGGACGUUGAGCUUCGCGGAAGUCGAAACAAUAUUGAAAAAUCAAUGUCAAGAUUGACUAAACGCAAGUGAGGAUAACAUUCUACUUUUUAAGGGUUCCCCAGGGUUGUAUUUCAAUUGAUUGCAAUGUUAAUAUUUAUUUAUUUUUCAAGUAAUUACUGGUGGGUAACCGCAAACGAAAAUGGUAAAUUUCACUGGUUCAGGGCUUUUUCCAAUGGUGGUAGUCAUACUUCUUCUAAUCAUAAAAUCUCCAUACUUGGACUCGUUCUUACUUACGCUGAAUCGGAUGGAUCACUUACACUCGCAAGUGCAGAUUACGACGAAUCUAGCAAGUAUUUUACAAAUAUAGACAAGCAUUUGAAAGGUAAAAUAAUCCACAAGCCAACGAUGCUAGAGCCGUUGCGGGUGUAAGCCCAGUGCAACGAUAAUAAUUCAGCACGGCUAUUUAUACCAGGGUAUUUCAGGACAAGUAUAAAGUCGCCUUCAUUAUGGGUUGGGCGGUUUCCGAUGUUAUGCGCAUGCGCAAGCACAAGCUCGAAGGAAAGUUGUUUUUCAUUUUGCGAAGUGUCCUGACGUCUGCAAAGAAAACGCAAGGUUUUCACAAUAUUUUAUAAUAUGGCAAUCAUCUCUUCCGUUGAAAUAGCGGUCUGUGUUUAGCUCAAAAGCGCUUUCAGCGGUAAAUUAUCUUCCCGUAAUGGACAGGCGAUCCAUUACGUAAAAAUUUAACAAAUUGAAAGUUUGAAAAUUAUAAUUUAAUAAGAUAUCUGCGAAUAGUUUUUAGUGGAAAAGAACGAAUACAUUGGUAUGUUUUCUUCGAACAAAUUAUGUAUCACACUACUAAUAUGCAUUUUAAAUCAUUUCGUUUGAAGUAAAAUUAACAAUUAUUGAAUGAGGUUGAGCACGAUAUGAAGAAUUAUCAAGCCCGAAGUUUGCCGUUAUCAACCGAAGCCGAAAGCUGAGGUUGAUAACGGCAAACUGAGGGUUUGAUAAUACUUCAUAUUGUGCGAAAACCGAAUUCGAUAAUUGUUUUAUUAUUUAUUUAAAAAAUUCAAAACAGACAAAUUUGUAUUUUAUUUGAAUAAAAAAACAAAUCCUUAGUUCUUCGUCAGCCGUCGUCAUCGUCUUAUCAAUGGCGCCAUGGCCAGCGAGUCAAUAUAAUUCUCGUCGUCAUAGUAAUAUGGCGCAAACGCGUCCAAUUUUUUUUCAUAUUGACUCUUUGACGUCAUUUUGCUAAUAUGAAUGCGAAAAAUCCGUAUUUGGUUAGCCAUUGAGUUAAUAUGACAAUUUCACAGUUGGCUGUUAGCCAAUCAGAAACCAGGAUUUUUUUAAAUAAAUGCCUUUAUUACAUAGCAUUUGUAAAUUCUGUAAGAUAUCUGCGAAUAGUUUUCGUGGAAAAGAGCGAAUACAUUGGUAUGUUUUCUUCGAACAAAUUAUGUAUCACACUACUAAUAUGCAUUUCAAGUCAUGUAUUUCUUUUUCGUUUGAAGUAUAAAUGCCUUUAUUACAUAGCAUUUGUAAAUACUGAACGCUGAUUAACUAAGAGCCGUGCUGAUUGAAAGUUUGAAAAUUAUAAUUUAAUAAGAUAUCUGCGAAUAGUUUUUAGUGGAAAAGAACGCAUACAUUGGUAUGUUUUCUUCGAACAAAUUAUAUAUCACACUACUAAUAUGCAUUUCAAAUCAUGUAUUUCUUUUUCGUUUGAAGCAUAAAUGCCUUUAUUACAUAGCAUUUGUAAAUUCUGAAGAUAUCUGCGAAUAGUUUUAGUGGAAAAGAACGAAUACGUUGGUAUGUUUUCCUCGAACAAAUUAUGUAUCAUGUGCAUAAUAAUAUGCAUUUUAAAUCAUGUAUUUCGUUUUCGUUUGAAGUAUAAAUGCCUUUAUUACACAGCAUUUGUAAAUUCUGAACGCUGAUUGACUAAGAGCCGUGCUGAUAUAGGCUAACUCAAUGUCAACGCAGAAACUUCGGAAAAUUUCUUUCAUUAUAUUUCUUUGUGAUAUAUAUAUAUAUUAUAAAACAAAUAUAACAUUUUUUCCCCUAUUGAUGUAGUUCUAACUGAAUAUCAACACGAAAAAUGUUUUAUAUUUGUGCCCGCGAUAUAGUAACUAAUUAGUAAUUCCGGACGGAUAAUUAUACCCGUGUAUGUGAAAACAUAGCGAAGUGCAAAGCUGUCCUCCAUUUUGUUUAUGUCAUGGACGGUUUUCUACGUCACGCGCGAGCAUACACUCUGUCUAAGUAAUUGUUUUUCAUUGUGAAAGGACGUAUUUUGUUGUUUUACUGCAAUUUUUGGUUUUAAGUUUCGAUGAAAAGUUUACAAAAGUACAAUUGUUUUUUUCGAUUUGAACUGGAAAUAAUUAAGCCUGCAGUUUCAUAAAUUAGUGGCCGUUCCACCGUGAAACAAAGUUUGUAUUAAAUCAUUAUUUUGAUGUUUUGAUGUUGAUAUUUUUAAUAAUUUAAUCGUUGUUGUGCCGGUUUGGGUUAGUGUAAACACUUUAGUAGUAAAAUUCCAUGCCGCAUAUAUUUGCUUUGUACGUCGAUUUUAUUCUUACUGUAUCUCAGAAAUUUUUAAGCCAUUAACUCGAUAAUUCACAAUAAAUAAUGUGCUUUAACGCAAGCUGACAUACAUGAAGUUGCAGCGAAUGUUAAUAUCGCUUAAUAAACUAGCGCAUCAGUUGUAUUUUUAUGUUUGCUUAUAAUGGUCUUAAUACUUUAUGCGGCAUUUUUCAUCUGUUAAGAAAGGCGAGGGGUCGCUGCGUGCAUGUAUUUUCUAGUUAAAUAUUAAAUAUCGUAUAAUAAAAGUUUUAUUAACCUCGCUUGCUUUGUAUGUACAGACAAAUAUCGGACCUCAGUUUUUUGUAUAAACCUCGUCUUACGGGCUCGGUUUGUACAACAAAUAUCCCGGACCGAUAUUUCUCUGUGCACACCUCGCGUUCGAUCGAUAAGAAGUUAAUAUUCAGCUAUAGAAUUAUGUUCACGUUACCAUUGCUCCCUCUAUUGUUUUAGUCCCCAAGCCGACGGCGCGAAGCGCCUUGCGAGGGUACUAAUUCCCCCCCCCCCAACUAAUUAUACCCGGGAAAGAAAAGCAUUAGCCAAGUCUAAAGUUUAUCAAUGAGCGCGGGAGUCGGUACCAACCGUGAGUGGUCAUCCUCACUGAUCUAAAAAGUAUGGCUGUUUGCCAGGAGUGGGAUAUUAAAGCAAGAUUUCAAUUUUCAAAAGCAUAUAUUUGGAAAAUCUCGUUACACACAAUGAGCUAUGAAGCAAUUUUUGUUUGAAGAAAUGAGAAGAAUUGAUUUACUGUGGAAAAUCUUGGAAUAUAGGGCAAGUUUGCUUUGAAUGUUUAAUGUUUAUGAAUUUUGUUGUUUUAAUUUAUUGCGCAAAACAAGCACUGCUUUCCUUUUCAACGAAGCUGUACUAAAGUUGCUAAAUUACCCUGUUUAAUUUAAGAAUAAAUGGUGAAAUGUGAAGAAGAGCUAAUUCAUUUGAAAACCGAACUGAUAUUACUCGACAAUUUGAACUUAUUUUGUUUUAUAAACAAUAUGAAAACCCAUACAGUUUUAUAGCAGAAAAAGCAGUAUAUAGUUUAAUAUUAAAACGAACAUUUCAAAACAUUUUACGAAGCGAUUCACGUUAAAUUUUACAUUAAAUCAAAGCUCACAAAAAGCAGAACAAUAUACCUACAGUACAUAUUUUGGAAAUUCAUUGUUUUAUAGUUAAAAGCAAUGAUCUUUCAACUAUUUUUGGCGUGUUGUACAAAAAAUAUAAAAAUAUAAUAAAAAUUAAAUUUAUAGUGUUGCCAUGGUAACACUGCCGUAAACGCGAGCAUGCGUUCAGUCACAGGUUCAGUGUUGAUCAAUUACUAAUACAUCAUGUUUAAUCAAUGUUUGAAAAAUACAUGCGAGGGGUUGCUGCAUGCAUGUAUUUCUUGUCAUAAAAUCACUUUAUGUGCAUGGAAUUUAUAUAUACUUCAUUUGUUAAGAAAGGCGAGGGGUUGCUUGCAUGCAUGUAAUUCUAGUAAUAAAACUAUUUGCCGUACAUAUUUCCACUAACUCCAAAAAUGAUUUUUUUUAGGUGCAAUAUUUGGGUUAUUCUUAGUGAAUGAUAUAUAUUUUCGUUGUAAAUUGUCUGUUUCAUUAAAUCGGUUCAUUGUAGAAGAUGCAGGUUAUGAAUAAUGUUAUUUUUAGAUGGAAAAUUUCCUGCUAAAAGUUCUCUCGCGACAUCAUAUCCGGCAUAGAUGGGAUUUCUAAUACAAAGAUAUUCUAUCGUAUAUAGCCUAAUUUGUUCUUAUGUUCGAUAUGCAUGCCAAAAAUCUACAUAGAAUUUUUUCAGAAUUUUUAAUUUUUUAAGCACUAAUAGAAAAUACUGUGAAAAAUUGUGCAGAUGAGGCGCCAAUCUAUUUGUAAAAUAUGUUAAUGUUCGAAGUACUUUGGUUGUAAAAUGACAUUUUAGAUAGUUAUCAUUUACCUUGGUCGCAGUAAUUGAAAAUGAAAAUUAUUUUUGUCAACUUCAGAUAAAGUUCUUGCUCGUAUCGAAUGGCCAGCUGCAACUCUGUUCUCGCGACUAACGAGUACAACAACGACACUCCAUACUCCAUGCAAUGUAAAGUGGUCCAAUCCAUUUAGAUUUGAUCCAAACGAUGCCAACCGCGACAAAUGUGUGCAUUUCAGCGCUUUUGCGCAAGGGACAGUGUACAUUAUAUUCUCAUCGAUUCCUACCAAUAAAGGGACGUGGUACUCAAUUGAAAUUUCUACGUAUGGAGUAGUAGUAUAUAAG